AUGGCGUACUCCAAAACUCCGACAGUCAUCAUCAUUGGGGCUGGGCCUUCUGGAAUCGCAACAGCCCACAAGCUGAAGACUGAAUUGGGAUUCAAUGACUUCUUGGCAUGUAUUUACGAAAAGCUUCCGGGUCCUGGUGGGACUUGGAUGACGAACCGAUACCCUGGAUGUGGUUGCGACAUCCCUUCCCAUCUGUACACAUUCAGCUUCAAUCUGAAUCCCAAUUGGUCUCAGGAUCUUGUUGGCCAAGAGGAAAUUCUCCAGUACAUGAACGACACGAUUGACAAAUUCGAACUCCGUGAACACAUGAGAUUUGAAGUCGAAUGUACCGGUGCUACAUGGAACAUGACCAACGAGAAAUGGUUGGUUCACCUACGAGAUGUCCGAACUGGUCGGGGUUUCGAUAUAUCUGGCACAGUCGUGAUCAGUGCGGUCGGUGCUAUCUCUUAUCCGAAAAAGGUCAAAUUCCCUGGUAUGGAAAAGUUUCAGGGGAAGAUCGUGCAUACUGCGGAGUGGGAUACCGAAUACAAUUACCAUGGAAAGAGAAUGGCCGUCAUUGGAAACGGCUGCAGUGCCGCUCAACUCGUCCCAAACGUUGUUAAAGACGUCAGCUAUCUCAAGCAAUAUGCCAGAGGAUCUCAAUGGUAUCAUGAACGCCCUAACCGCAACUUUUCUGCUACUCAGAUGUGGGCGUUCAAACACAUUCCACUGUAUAAUAGAUUAUUCCGAUUUUGGCUUUUCGCUGUCAACGAUAGUUUGGCAGGUCUCUAUGCCGCUGGGCCAGAAUCUGUGAAGCAUCGAAGUGCUGUGGAGAUUCAAGCCAAGGAAUAUAUCUACGACCACACACCUCCCAAGUACCACAGCUUUAUAGCCCCAGACUUUCCACUCGGAUGCAAGCGAAGAAUCUGGGAUCCCGGAUAUCUUGAUUCGCUCUGGGAGAAGAAUAUGCACCUCGUUCCCGAGGGGAUUCAAGAAUUCGACAAGACUGGAAUUAUCAGCAGCAGCGGUGUAAAAGACGAAUUUGACAUUAUCGUCACAGCGACUGGAUUUGAGGUGACCAAUUUCCUUGUGCCAAUGACCAUCAUUGGAGCUGGAGGAAGAUCAUUAAGCGAGCAGUGGAACGACACCCGCGGCCCUCAAGCAUACUAUGGCUGCUUCGUCCAUGACUUCCCCAACUUCGCUAUGCUCUUCGGUCCCAAUACUUUUCCAGCCCACAACUCGGCGCUAUUCGCUAUCGAGACGGCCAUCGAAUUCAUUUCGAGGACAAUGUUGGCUCCGAUCGUUGACCAAAAGAUCCGCGUGCUUGACGUGAAGCAUUCAGCCGAGGAGCGGUUCGUGGUCCGUGUUCAGUCAAAGCUGAAUGAUUCAGUCUAUGAGGCUGGUUGCUCGAACUGGUUCGUUAAUGACCUUGGUAAAAAUGUCACAUCGUGGCCCGGUUAUGCUGUGACCUUUUACAGGGAAACCUUCUUCCCAAAGUACAACGACUUCAGUACAAUACCCGGAACGCUAUACUGGCCACUCAAGAUGAUAAAACGUUGGCUACGAACACGGAAGGUUUGGUUCAUUGCACCUGCUAUCCUCGGUCUUGUAGGACUUUCUCCGUUGUACGUGCGGAUUCUACGUGGGCGAUGCCCCGAUGUUGUGCAGCUUGGGGUACGGUUUGGUCGGCGCAGUUUAGGCAAUGCAUCUAGAGUUGUGCGCAUGAAGCUCAAAAGAGAUUGA